AUGGGACCUCAAAAGAGAUUAGGGAUAUAUGUUGGAUAUGAAUCACCGUCUAUAAUUAAAUAUCUUGAUCCAUUGAUGGGUGACUUAUUCACGACACAGUUUGUCGACUGUCAUUUUAAUGAAAUGAUAUUUCCGACAUUGAAAGGGAAAAAUAAGCAGUUGGAAAAGGAAAUAAUCUGGCGUGAGUUAUCAUUAGCUCACUACGAUUCUCGUACAAAGCAAUCUGAACUUAAAGUUCAGAAAAUCAUUCACUUGCAAAAUUUAGCAAAUCAAUUGUCACAUGCAUUUACUAAUCCUAAAAGUGUUACGAAAUCUUAUAUUCCAGCUGCAAAUGCUCCAAUUAGGAUUAUUGUCCCUGAAGGACAACUCACUACUGCUAACGAGCCUAAAAUGCAAGUGAAGCGUGGUAGACUAGUCAGUUCCAAAGAUAAAAAUCCUUGA